AUGAUAGCUGCUAGUGCCACCGGUGAAUUGUUGCCACCAUAUGUAGUCUACAAGGCUCAAAACCUUUAUGAUACUUGGACCGAAAAUGGGCCACCAGGAACACGAUAUAAUCGGUCGGCAAGCGGAUGGUUUGAUGCAAAUAUUUUCGAGGAUUGGAUAAAAUCCAUCGCGUUGCCUUAUUUUAGAGGUUUCAGAAAAACAGGCAUAUGGCCCAUUAAUGAAAAUCAGGUUUUGGGUAGGUUACCUGAGGAAAAUAAUAACGAAAACAAAGAAGAUGCUGUGGAAAAAUCCGUCCUUGAUAUUCUUAAAGAAAUGAGAUAUUGUACUAUGAAUGUAACUGAAUCAAAAAGAAAAAGAAAAUUAGAUAUAAUUCCAGGAAGAAGAGUUGGCACUGAAACUGAAGAGUAUGUGGACACAGAUGAGGAUAAUUUUGAAAAUACCCGGAAAAUAAAAACUGCUGAAACCACUACAAUAACAUGCAUAAAGACAAAGAAAGGCAAGGGAAGAGGGAAAAAAACUAAAAAACCGGACCAAGACAUAAAUGGAACCGAAGAAGAUAAAAUAAUAGAAGUUGCAGAUACAGAAACAAUACCUAAAAUAGAAGUUGCAAAUACGAAAACAAUACAUAGAAUAGAAGUUGCAAAUACAGAAACAAUACCUAGAAUAGAAGUUGCAAAUACGGAAACAAUACAUAGAAGUUGCAAAUAUAGAAACGAUGCCCGUAAUGUUUGA